CGCCUUCGCCAUUGGAUGCACGCCGGGCGAGGGGAGUCCCGUUGGGUCGGGACCGGCGCGAGGAAAAGGCGUUCAGAUCUAGCUCGGUGUCCCCGCGGCACAGCUGCUUGUCCGGGCAGCCCUUCCCCAGAACGCGUCCGGUGGCCGGACCUCCCGUCUUCGCGGCCCGCCGGGAUGCGACCUCCGUGGCUGCUGCUGAGCCUGGCGCUGAGCGUCCCGCCGGCAGGCUGCUUCGUCCUGCACCUGGAGACGGACUGCUUCCUCUCUGCAGAUGGCAGCAUACUCCAGCCCUCCUGGACCAUGUUCUUCAACAAGAUCCCCUUCAGCUGCUUCAACUAUGAGGAGCAGAUGUUCCUGCCCUGUGGCCUGGGGGCAUCCGUGCCCUGGAACUACACCGGUGUCCCUGUAGCGCUGUGGCUCAAUGAAAAGGCCCUGGAGGUGGCCCAGGGGGCAGCCCAGGACUGCCAACAGCAGCUCCAGUCACUCUGGGGCCAGACAGGGGGCAGGCAGACUAUGCCGAACAUCCGCAUUUUCCCUGUGACCCCUCAGAACACUCCGGAUCCCAUCAUGCUCGCCUGCGUGGCAUGGGGCUUCUACCCAGGGGAUGUCAACAUCACCUGGCUGUGGAACGGGGACCCCGUGAAGGAUCACCUGGACCCCCCACUGGUCACCAGCAACGGCGACUGGAGCUACCAGGCUCGGCUGACGCUGCCGGUCGACCCCCGGCAGGGCGGGACCUACACCUGCUCCGUGCAGCACACCAGCUUGGCCAAGCCCCUCACCGAGCACUGGGCCCCAGGCAUCCCCUUGGAGCUCUGGAUCAAAACUGGGGUCUCGGCUGCCGUGCUGGUUGUGGGGACCAUCUUCCUGGUGGCCGGUGUGGUCUUUUGGAAGCGUUCGAGGGUCCAAGGAUACGUCCCCCUGGAAGGCAACACCUACCCACAGGAAGGUCGGUAGCUUUUGGACAACCCCCUGCUGCCCCAUGGCCUCUACCCUUCCCUCCUGGACCCCGG